UUUUCUCAAAAAGACCACAAAUGGAUAGAGGAGUUCUUGAGAUACAUGACGAGCUUCGCCGAGUAACCGACCGUUUCUACGUAGCAGUCUUGCUCGACAUUUUCACAAGAUCCUGCGGACGACACUUUGGUUUGGACCAGAAGGAAACGAAGGACGGACACGUCGCAGCCUACUGGGCGAAGGAGUUCAACCUGUUAGCUCAUCUAUGUUUUCUGACUGUGAUGAUCGGGAUCGUUCGAGUGCCUGCGGUGGUUGAGCGGAUGAGAAGAGUGCGAGCAGACGCAGACGUGAGGUUGGGGCUCGGGAUCGUAUGCUUGUCCAUCUCCUUGUCUUUCUUGGCUUAUCUUCGCUGGUUAGUGUUUCCUGUUCUCUCUCUCUCUCUCACACACAGCAACAGCAAGAUUCGAUACACAAUGGAUGAACGUCGUCAAGAGUUUCGUCGUUUGAUCCCUCGCGUAACCGCUGCAAUCGUGCUCUCCGUUUUCACCUUCUACAACGGACACGCCCUGAAAUCAGAUCCGAAGACGGAACGCGCACUCGCAGCUUGGGCAUCGAGGUUCAACAAGGUAGCUGAUUUGUAUUUUACGAUGGUGGUCAUCAGAAUCGCUAUAACCCCCACGGUGAUGGAACGCAUGCGAAGAACAAGAGAGUCUUGUGACGAACAUCUUGUCAUCGGUUCUAUCUCCCUCUUCCUAUCGCUCGCUUUCUCCGCGUAUCUUCGCUGGUUCGUCGUCGUCGGAUGA